UAGCCUUCAUGCCGUAAUUGUCAAUUUGCAAAAUCAUUAUCAAAAUGCCGCCAAAAACCCCAGUCGGAAAAUCCGCAGGCAAGAAGGCCGUCAAGAAGCAGGUCGGAGAAGGAAAGAAGAAGAGAAAGGGAAGACGCAAGGAAAGCUAUGCUAUCUACAUCUACAAGGUGCUGAAGCAAGUUCACCCCGACACCGGUAUCUCGAGCAAGGCCAUGGGCAUCAUGAACUCGUUCGUGAACGACAUCUUCGAGCGCAUCGCUGGUGAAGCUUCCCGCCUGGCGCACUACAACAAGAAGUCCACCAUCACGAGCAGGGAAAUCCAGACGGCCGUUCGUCUGCUUCUUCCCGGUGAGCUGGCCAAACACGCCGUGAGCGAGGGAACCAAGGCCGUCACCAAGUACACCAGCAGCAAGUAAACGGCACAAUCCGUGCUGCACAAAACAACGGCUCUUUUAGGAGCCACCCAAAUGACAAGAAAGUCAUGGCCGUGCAUUUUAUCCGUUAAACGAUUACCUGUUUUGCCCCAUUUCGUUUUCCUUUUCCCGCAUUUAUUUGGUAAUGUUUUUGAAGGCUGGAUGAAGGUCAUACCAAAGACCGAAGAGUUAAGUUUGGAGUUCUGUACAGGACCCGAAACGAUCCCCGAGAGUAGUCGUGCCACAUCUUCUUAAUAUUUUGCAUCGGUAGUAGAAGGGUUGUUCGAGUGUAUUACUCAGUGUGCUUUUGUCAUUCCAUCUUCUCGGCCAAACCGGCUGCCUAAAAUGUGUCGGUAA